AUGGAUUCUUCGUUUGGUGAUCCCAGUUUAAGCUCAACUCAAUUAAGACAAAAGGCUUUUCAAGUUAUUAAGCAAUCAGAUCGUCCAAUGGCUUCCUGCGAAAUCGAAAAGUGGAUUCGUAAUAAUGACUACGAUCUCUGGUCUAGGGUUUCUUCAAAGUGUAAAGAUUACGUAUGUGUUAUUCUAAGUCAAACACGUGGUAAAACCAUUUCAAAGUUCAAAGCUUUGAAGCCUAUACCAGGAAUUGAUAAGAGAUCUACCUUCUACGGUAUAUAUGGAAGGAAUUAUCCAUCUGAUUCGUGGAUGCCUACUAAUGAUGGUGCACGAGUCAAAUCAAGAAAACAUGAUGAUGACGCUUAUGAUGAUGAAAUUUUAUACAGUAAUUCAAAGGAAGAAGCCUCCCAAUACUCUGAUGAAUCAAACGAGCCUAUUACCAAGAUUUCGGUUAUACCUAUUCACGAGUCACCUAAGCCUGUAGAAAAGAAAGACCGCGUACUCUUGACACCACUUCCUCCUUUCAGACUUCUCUGUGGACUUAAUCCACUAUUUCCAUCGUUCAUAACUGGCAAUCCAAUGAUCUUUAACAUGGAAUUGAACCCUAUUCAGCUUCUUCUUAACUCUCAAUAA